GUCUGCCCCCUGAUCUCUUUGUGUGUGUGUGUGCGCGCGCGGGGUGUGUGUAGUGUGCGAGGGAGAGAAAGAGGAGACGGCGUCGUGCGCACACGCUGCCACACACACACAAAAACAAAAAAACACGUUAAUAUAGCCUAUUCUAAUUGUAACUUCUAUAUACCGUUACCUCAACAAACAAAAGAAGCUUCCAAGUAUUGACUGAUACACAAACUGCGCCCGGAGUUACUGUUUUUGGAAGCUGCGUGGAAUCAAGUUACACAAGACUGGGUUAGAAAUCUGGAUUAUCCUAUAAAGUAAUAACUUUAUUUAGUUAGCUAAACUGUUAGCUAACUAAAUAGAAAGUUUCCUGCUAUCCGCUAUGUCUGGAAGCGAAGAUGACAGAGAUGAUUAUGGAGCCCCCGAGGACCGGUUAAUGCACGAUGACGAGGAGGAGGAUAUCUCAGAGAGUGAGACUCCGAAGAUAAAGAAGAAGAAAAAAGCCAAGAAGAGCAGAGAGAGCAGAGGCAGUAAGAGGCGGUCGCGUAGAGAGGAGCUUCCCAUCAGCUCCCCAGAGCCUAUGGAUGUGAGCGGGGUGGAAGAGGCAGAAGAUGUUGUCCCUGCUCAUCGCUCCGACAGUGAGGGCAGCGACUACACUCCAGGGCGCAAGAAGAAGAAGAGGGCCAGCAGCAGCAGGGAAAAGAAGAGGAACAAUGUUGGGGCAGAUCGGACCGCCUCCAAGAAAAAAGAGCCUGAGCCUGAGCCUGAGGAAGAUGAGGAUGACGAUGAUGACGACAGCUCGGAACCAAAGUCUUCAUCUCAGCUGCUGGAUGACUGGGGCAUGGAAGACAUCGACCACUUCUUCACAGAGGAAGACUACCGCUCUCUGACCAACUACAAGGCCUUCAGCCAGUUUGUCAGGCCCCUCAUCGCUGCCAAGAACCCCAAGAUCGCCGUGUCCAAAAUGAUGAUGGUUCUUGGCGCCAAGUGGCGUGAGUUCAGCACCAACAACCCACUGAGGGGAGCUGCUGCUGCCAAUGCCGCUCUGGCUACUGCCCAUGUACCUGCAGCUGUCGACACCAUGGUGGCAGAGGUCGCCCCGGCUGCUGCGGCACCACCGGCCCCAGCAGAACCUCAGCAGCCUCCCGCAGUUCCGCUACGCAAGGCCAAGACUAAGGAAGGCAAAGGCCCCAACGCCCGUAGGAAAUCAAAGCCUGCACCAAAACCACAAGAGAAGAAGAGUAAUGCCAAGACCAAGAAAGUGGCUCCUCUCAAAAUCAAACUGGGAGGUUUCAACAGCAAGAGAAAACGCUCAUCGAGUGAGGAGGACGAGCCUGAUGUGGACAGUGAUUUUGAGGAUGGCAGCAUGAACAGUGUCUCCGUCUCAGAAGGAUCCAACAGUCGCAGCAGCCGCAGCAAAAAGAAGCCGUCCAAGAGCAAACCCAAGAAGAAGAAAGAUGCAGAGGACGGUGACGGCUAUGAGACAGACCACCAGGAUUACUGUGAGGUUUGUCAGCAGGGUGGCGAGAUCAUCCUGUGCGAUACCUGUCCCAGAGCGUACCACAUGGUCUGCCUGGACCCCGACAUGGAGAAAGCACCUGAGGGCACUUGGAGCUGCCCACACUGUGAGAAGGAGGGCAUCCAGUGGGAGGCCAGGGAGGAGGGGUCAGAUGGCGAGGAGGACAACGGUGAGACAGGAGAGAUGGAGGAGGACGACCACCACAUGGAGUUCUGCAGGGUUUGUAAAGACGGAGGGGAGCUCCUCUGCUGUGACUCCUGCCCCUCGUCCUACCACAUCCACUGCCUCAACCCACCACUGCCCGAGAUCCCCAACGGCGAGUGGAUCUGCCCCCGCUGCACGUGUCCACCCAUGAAGGGGAAGGUCCAGAAGAUCCUGACUUGGCGGUGGGGAGACCCCCCUCCUCCCACACCAGUACCUCGCCCUCCAGAUCUUCCAGCCGACACUCCCAACCCCGCCCCGCUGGCAGGGCGGCCGGAGAGGGAGUUUUUCGCCAAAUGGUCCAACAUGUCAUACUGGCACUGCUCCUGGGUCACAGAGCUCCAGCUUGAGCUCCAUUGCCAGGUGAUGUUCAGGAACUACCAGAGGAAGAAUGACAUGGACGAACCACCGCCCAUCGACUUUGGCGAUGGAGAGGAGGACAAGAGUGUUAAGAGGAAGCACAAAGACCCCGUAUACGCACGGCUGGAGGAGAGGUACCUCCGCUUCGGAAUCAAAAUGGAGUGGCUGAUGAUCCACCGCAUCCUCAACCACAGUGUGGACAGGAAGAACAAUGUCCACUACCUUAUCAAGUGGAAAGAACUGCCGUACGACCAGUCGACCUGGGAGGCAGAGGACAUGGACAUACCCGAGUUUGACACCUACAAGCUGCAGUACUGGAACCACAGAGAGCUGAUGAUGGGAGAGGAGGGGAGACCUGGGAAAAAGAUCAAGGUGAAAGGAAGAGUGAAGCGACCAGAGAGACCUCCUGAGAACCCCGUCAUAGAUCCAACUAUAAAGUUCGAGCGUCAGCCAGACUACCUGGACAGCACGGGGGGAACGCUGCACCCCUACCAGCUGGAGGGACUCAACUGGCUGCGGUUCUCCUGGGCUCAGGGCACUGACACCAUCCUGGCCGAUGAGAUGGGUUUGGGAAAGACCGUCCAGACUGCCGUCUUCCUCUACUCGCUCUAUAAAGAGGGUCACUCCAAGGGGCCGUUCCUGGUUAGUGCCCCGCUCUCCACCAUCAUCAACUGGGAGAGAGAGUUUGAAAUGUGGGCCCCUGAUAUGUACGUGGUGACCUAUAUUGGAGACAAAGACAGCAGAGCAGUCAUCAGAGAGAACGAGUUCUCCUUCGAGGACAACGCCAUCCGAGGAGGGAAGAAGGCCUCCAGGAUGAAGAAAGACUCGUCGGUCAAAUUUCACGUCCUGCUGACCUCUUAUGAGCUGAUCACCAUCGACAUGGCCGUCCUGGGCUCCGUAGACUGGGCCUGCCUGGUGGUGGAUGAGGCCCACCGGCUGAAGAACAACCAGUCCAAGUUUUUCCGGGUGUUGAACAACUACCCUCUGCAGCACAAACUGCUGCUCACUGGAACUCCUCUGCAGAACAACCUGGAGGAGCUUUUCCACCUACUCAACUUCCUCACACCUGAGAGGUUCAGUAACCUGGAGGUCUUCCUGGAGGAGUUUGCUGAUAUUGCAAAGGAGGACCAGAUCAAGAAGCUACAUGACAUGCUGGGUCCACACAUGCUCAGGAGGCUGAAGGCUGAUGUCUUCAAGCACAUGCCCUCCAAGACUGAGCUCAUUGUCAGAGUGGAGCUCAGCCCCAUACAGAAGAAGUACUACAAAUUUAUCUUAACGAAAAACUUUGAGGCCCUCAACACCAAAGGAGGAGGAAACCAGGUUUCUCUGCUCAAUGUCGUCAUGGACCUCAAGAAAUGCUGCAAUCACCCCUACCUCUUCCCCACGGCUGCUAUGGAAGCUCCAAAGAUGCCCAAUGGGAUGUAUGAUGGCAGUGCACUCACAAAGGCUGCUGGGAAACUGCUGUUACUGCAGAAGAUGAUGAGGAAGCUGAAGGAGGGAGGACACAGAGUGCUCAUCUUCUCUCAGAUGACUAAGAUGUUGGACCUGCUGGAGGACUUCCUGGAACACGAGGGCUACAAGUACGAGAGGAUUGAUGGAGGAAUCACAGGAGGGAUGAGACAGGAAGCUAUUGAUCGUUUCAACGCUCCUGGUGCCCAGCAAUUUGCCUUCCUGCUGUCGACAAGAGCUGGAGGUCUGGGUAUCAACCUGGCCACUGCCGACACGGUCAUAAUCUACGACUCAGACUGGAAUCCUCACAAUGACAUCCAGGCCUUCAGUAGAGCUCAUCGUAUCGGUCAGAACAAGAAGGUGAUGAUCUACCGAUUUGUCACCAAGGCCUCUGUGGAGGAGAGGAUUACUCAGGUUGCCAAGAAGAAGAUGAUGCUGACUCACCUGGUGGUUCGACCUGGUCUUGGGUCCAAGACAGGCUCCAUGUCCAAACAGGAAUUGGACGACAUCCUCAAGUUUGGGACAGAGGAGCUCUUCAAGGAUGAGGGAGAAGGUGAGAAUAAAGAGGAGGACAGCAGCAUCAUCCACUACGAUGACCACGCCAUCGACCGCUUGCUGGACAGGAACCAGGAUGCCACAGACGAUACGGAGCUGCAGAGCAUGAACGAGUACCUGAGCUCCUUCAAGGUGGCUCAGUAUGUGGUCAAAGAUGAGGAUGAGGAGGAAGAGGAGGUGCAGCGGGAGAUCAUCAAGCAGGAGGAGAGUGUGGAUCCAGACUACUGGGAGAAGCUGCUGCGUCACCAUUACGAGCAGCAGCAGGAGGAUCUCGCCCGCAACCUGGGCAAAGGCAAACGCAUCCGAAAACAGGUCAACUACAAUGACGGCUCACAAGAAGACAGAGCUGAUUGGCAGGAUGACCAGUCUGACGGCCAAUCAGAUUACUCUGUGGCAUCUGAGGAAGGAGAUGAGGACUUUGAUGAGCGAUCAGAAGCCAACUCUCGCAGGCCGAACAGGAAGGGCCUGAGGAACGAUAAAGACAAACCACUGCCCCCCUUGCUGGCCAGGGUGGGAGGCAACAUUGAGGUGUUGGGCUUCAACUCUCGGCAGAGGAAGGCCUUCCUAAAUGCAGUGAUGCGUUAUGGGAUGCCUCCACAAGAUGCAUUCACCACCCAAUGGCUGGUCCGAGACCUGCGAGGGAAAUCUGAGAAAGAGUUCAAGGCGUAUGUUUCUCUGUUCAUGCGGCACCUCUGUGAGCCCGGAGCUGAUGGUGCUGAUACUUUUGCUGAUGGCGUCCCAAGGGAAGGGUUGUCCCGACAGCACGUCCUCACCCGCAUCGGUGUUAUGUCCCUUAUUCGCAAGAAGGUCCAAGAGUUCGAGCAUGUCAAUGGUCAGUGGUCAAUGCCAUGGAUGGCUGAACUGGAGGAGAACAAGAGGGCUGCCGCUCAGCCUGACUCCCCCGGGAAAACCCCAUCCACAGGCACCCCCGCUGACACACAGCCCAACACACCUGCGCCAGCUGACGAGUCCUCAAAGAACGACGAGGCAGUGAAGGACGCGGCCAACGAGGUGAUCUCCAUCCCAGACGAUGACGAGAAGAGUCCGUCAUCAGAGCAGGAGAAGAAGAAUGGGGAGGAACCAAUGGAGACAGACAAAGCCAGCAACGGGGAAGCCGAGAGCGUCAAAGAGAAGGAGGGUGAGAAGAAGGAGGGAGAGAAUGAGAAGAAGAGUCCAGAGGGAGGAGAGGAAACCAGGUCGCCUUCAGAGGCCAAGAUAGAGGGGUCAGAGGUCAAACCUGAGGCCUCCGAAGUCAAAGCAGAACAAAAGACAGAAAAGAUGGACACCACUCCUCCUGUAGAUGAAAAGAAAGAUCUGAAGGAUGAGAAGGAGGCUCCAAAGCUGGAGGAGGCGACCAAGCUGCAGAACGGAGACAGCAGCAAGGAAGGUACAGCCGCCGCUGGAGCAGCCAGUGAAGAGAAGAAGAAAGCCAAGACCAGGUUCAUGUUCAACAUCGCAGAUGGAGGAUUCACAGAGCUUCACUCCCUGUGGCAGAACGAGGAGCGUGCUGCCACUGUUACCAAGAAAACCAAUGAGAUCUGGCAUCGUCGCCAUGACUACUGGCUGCUGGCCGGCAUCAUACAACACGGCUACGCCCGCUGGCAGGACAUCCAGAACGACGUAAAGUUCGCCAUCCUCAACGAGCCGUUUAAAGGAGAGAUGAACAGAGGCAAUUUUCUGGAAAUCAAGAACAAGUUCCUCGCCAGAAGGUUCAAGCUGUUGGAGCAGGCGCUGGUGAUCGAGGAGCAGCUGCGUCGCGCCGCCUACCUCAACAUGUCGGAGGACCCCUCCCACCCCUCCAUGGCCCUCAACACCCGAUUCAGCGAGGUGGAGUGUCUGGCCGAGUCCCACCAGCACCUCAGCAAAGAGUCCAUGUCUGGGAACAAACCUGCCAACGCCGUCCUGCACAAAGUGCUGAAGCAGUUGGAGGAGCUGCUGAGUGACAUGAAGGCAGAUGUUACCCGCCUUCCGGCAACCAUUGCCCGGAUACCACCGGUUGCCGUGCGACUCCAGAUGUCUGAGAGGAAUAUCCUGAGCCGGCUGGCGAGCCGGGGCCCCGAGCCACAACCACAGACACAACAGAUGUCGCAGCAAUAGACUGAAGCUCAGCUCUGUACCUCGAGAUCCACCCCCUGACUCGCCCCGACAUUCCUGACUGGUGCACAGCAGAACGACACAGCGUGCCCAAGCUUGAAGCCACGCCCAGUCCACCCCCACCCCCUAAACAAACAGACUUCAUAAUUUUUCUGGAGGAUUGAAUCCUUGAAUCACCCAAGUUUGAGGCUGUGGACAGAAAAGCUAUUUUAUUUUAUUCCUCCUUUUUUCAAUUUCUGUAUUAAUAUUAUUGAUAUAAUGUUAUUAUGAUGGGUUUUUUUGGGACCUAAAUAAAAAAGUAAUAAACUA